AUGAUAGUAGUCAGAGCUAAUCGUAAGGACAAGCCGGAUGAUGUUGUGCCUACUCAAUUGAAGACUAAUCAGGCGGAGGGCGAUCACAUGUCCACGCCGAAUAUCCAGGCGUUCUCAUGCACCAUACAAUCCCCGAACUGCAUGGUGAUGGUAGUAAGUGCUUACAGAGCACUACUCUCAGAUAAUGAGGAGGAUGGCCGACUGCGCGACUAUCUGGCCAGGGCAAGCAACCAUGCGGAGUGGUUGGUCAUCAUGGGUGACUUCAACUCUCCGGAGGUAGACUGGGAAAGCCUGUGGGCCCCUCCCUCUGGUUUUGGUAGAAAACUAGUGGACUUGAUCACAGUGCUCCCCAUGGUGCAGCACGUCAGUCAAUACACUAGAUGGCCGGAGGGGCAAAGGCCUAGCACGUCGGACCUAGAAGAGGAGGCCGUCCGCCUUGGUGGGAAAAACGGUAUUCAGGGCACAAGUCAUGAAGCGGAGGACUUGGAACUGUCUCAGGAACAAGGGGCUAUCAUCAGCACCUGA